AUGGAGCAAUACAAAGAAAUCUCCUCGUCCGACUCUGGAGAUGAACUUCUGGCAUCUUUCCACGAGCGACGACGCCAGCGGAAAUACAGCUUCUCUUCAAUGUUUUUCAUCGGGACACUCGCUGGGAGCUUCUGUUUCAACAUGAUCCUGUUGUUUCUGCUCUGGCGAGCAACAGAGCACAGCUACUCCGGACCGUCAGCGCGCCGUCUGGCAGAAGAAUUCAACGGCCUGGUUCCCAAAGUACCUCUGAAGACCGUGGUGUUCAACCAAGACCCGAACUUUGUCCCAUAUGACCGAAACAUGACCUACUUGGAAAAGGAUCGCUUGGUUUCUACAAAUUGGAAGCAGGCGUUCAUGCCUCGCCCAUGCUCCAUUUCCGGCACUGUGAUCGAUGACAAGCUUACCCUUUCAUGUCCGCUCCAGAAACUCAUCUUCCGCGCUUAUCUGGCGUAUAGCCAUGGUCAUGGACAUGUUCUUCCUGAAGGACUGACGGGUGAGCACGUGUACCACUGCUUUGACUAUCUUCGACAAUCUCUCAUGUGCGCUGGAGACACGGCGCUUGAAGGCGCUGACCCGGCAAGCAAUGGUACGACCGGGACGCAUGGAUUGGGCGUCACUCAUGUCUGUAAGGAUUGGGACGCACUGAUGGAGAUGGCGGUGGAUAUGGCCGAACCGCUGGAUGAGCUUAUCAAUAAGCUGGAGCCGGUGUGA